AUGUGAACUGGGGAUCCUCAACGCAAGCUUUGACUUACUUGAAUGCACUACAGCAUUCUAUUCGGCUCUCAGGAGUGGAAGAUCACGUGAAAAACUUCAGGCCUCAGUGCUUAAUUAUGACUGGUGCCCCAAAUGCACGUCCAGCUUUGCUUCACCUUGUCCAUGCUUUCACCAAGAACGUAGGCUUGAUGAUCUGUGGUCAUGUACAUAUGGGUCCUCGGAGGCAAGCCAUGAAGGAACUGGCAACUGAUUUGGCUAAAUAUCAGCGAUGGCUAAUUAAAAACAAGAUGAAGGCUUUCUAUGCACCAGUGCAUGCAGAGGACUUGAGGGAUGGAGGACAAUACUUAAUGCAGGCUGCUGGUCUGGGUAGAAUGAGACCUAACACCCUUGUUGUUGGAUUUAAGAAAAACUGGAGACAAGGUGACAUGAGAGAUGUUGAAACCUAUAUAAAUUUAUUCCAUGAUGCCUUUGAUAUUCAGUAUGGUGUAGUUGUCAUCCGCCUGAAGGAGGGCUUGGACAUUUCUCACCUUCAGGGCCAAG